AGGUCCUAGAAAAUAUUAUUGUUUCACUAGAACUCUCAAAUAAAACACUACCUAAGACCGUUUAUUUGCUCCCUUAUGAGAACUUGUCACCUUAUAUCAAGCAAUGCUUCAUCUUCUGUGCUUUCUUCCCCGAGGAUUGUAUCUUCGAGAAGAACAUUUUGAUCCAACAAUGGGUCAUUGCUGGGCUCGUGAAAAAACCAUCAAUGUCAACAGAAGAAGAGAAUGGAGAGAUGCAGCUUUUGGAAGAUGUAGCAAAUGAUUACUACAUGGAACUACUUGAAAGCAAUAUUUUACAACCUGCUGCAGAAUGCCUUUAUUAUGAUGAUAAAGCCAUGUUCCGAAUGCAUGGUAAUAUGCGCUCAUUUGGUCAACAUUUGGUUCAAAAUUAUGGUUAUUUUCAAGGUGAUGUAGAAGCAUUGGAAGAAGCCGCAACUUCCCCCUCGUCAUCUUCCGUACCAAAGCUACAUCAUUUGGUAAUCACAAAUACUUCACCAUUGAAUGUAAUUCCAAAUAUUGUGAAAAAACAGACAUCGGUGAGAACGCUCGUCUUCACAACCAAGCUUGAAAUAACCAAGCUACCCGAAGAUUUCUUCCAAAAGCUCAAGCUCUUGCGGAUUUUGGAUAUAAGCGGCUCUGAUUGUAGAGUCCUACCGAACUCUCUAUUCAAGCUCGUGCACCUGCGUCACCUAAAUCUGUCAUGUUUGCCCAUCAAGACACUUCCAGAUGCCAUAGGGAAUCUCAUCAAUCUACAACACUUAAUCCUCAAGUAUUGUGGAAGUCUACUACAUCUCCCUGAGAGCAUUCUAAGAUUGCAUAAGCUCAGGAGCAUUGACGUUCACCAAACACCACUCAUGAGCAUGCCAUUUUGGAUACAUCAACUACCUCAAUUGACUAGUCUCGUUGGAUUCGUGGCAAGUGAAUUCUCAAGUAAACUGAAGAAGCUCCAAACCCUCCACAUUGUGAAUUUGGAGGUUGUCAAUGAUCUUCCUCACAAGGUACUCCAAGAACAUAUUAAUCUCACUAAUCUCACGCUUUCUUGUCGAGGAGAGGGUCAACCAUAUGAAGAAGCCGAGAAGGAGAAAAUGCAAAGAGUGCUUUGAGGCUCUCUACCCUUCGUCCACAUUAAUCCAACAUAUCAAGAUCAAUGGUUACUUUGGCCUAAAAUUCCCUCGAUGGAUCAUGGAUUUACCUUUUUUUAAAUUGAAAAGGCUUGACUUGCUCAAGUGUAAAUAUUGCACGGAACUUCCACCAUUGUACCACUUUCCUUUGUUGGAACACCUUCGUGUCGAAGAUGCAUGGUCCAUAAAGCACAUCGAUUUAGACGCUGGACCGUGGAGCAAUGUUCCUAGCUUAAAGUCAUUAAUACUGAAAGACAUGCCAGAGUGGGAAGAGUGGACAUGGGAGCCAUGUCAAUCUCAUUUGGUGAAGCCUGUCCUCGAAUUACUGGAGAUCAUCAACUGUCCAAAGCUCAAGUCCCUUCCUCAAGGUCUUGCUUACCAUGCAAGAAGUUUGGCCACUCUCACAAUCUACAAAGCACACAGCCUUGAAAAAGUCGAAGGAUUCGCAUCACUAAAAACCGCCACGUUUUUCAGCAACCAUAGUCUCUCAAUUAUUUCUGAUUUCCCAGCAACUUGCAAUUGCGAGAUUGAUGAUUGUCCUAAGUUGGAUGUUACAUUGCUUCCACAAACAUCCCUACAGAGGCAUACAUAUGCAUCCUUGUAAGGUGGUUCAUAUUCUAAAUUCAAAAGGAUUCUGAAGCUAGUUAAUGCAAAACUCCUCCAUCAGUGCUCCAAGUAUCUCCUAUUGGCAUUAGUAUAUAUCUGGUUGUCUACAGACUUAUUACCACUUCUAUGCUUUCUCUGUGAAUCACUGCAGGAGGAUCUUCACGUUUAUAUAGAUUGCAAUAAAUAAUAAAUGUAUAAAUAAUGUAUC